UUAUUUCCGAGACCUUUGGACCUUCGUUCGCUCCAUGGCGAAACCAUUACCUAACAAAUGAUUACUUCCUGCCAUAUCGGCGCUCCUGGCAAAGGCAGAAGGUGUUGAACGUCAGAUGAAGCUACUUUUGUGUUGAUUAUCUUACUGUCAUCGUUGAAAAACCGUCCUUUUAAUCGUUACCUGGAUAAAAAAAAUAGUUUUUAUUUUUUUCGUUACACUCUGCUUGCAUCGGGGUGUUGCGGUGAUGCGCCGUUUUGUUCCCUGCUUCACUGUUAGCCGGAUUUCCUGUAUUAAUUGACUUUAUCUUAUUUAACUGAUCCUGACUGGUGAGAGCGAUUUCAGUACUAUUGAAGAUCUUUGCUCCUUCUCAACUCUGGUAAUAUUCUUUUCACAAAAUACAACCAAUUGUACGUUAAUGUUAAACCUUGCUUGUGAAAAGUAACCCCCCGAUUCCUAUUUUCAACAGUCUGCUCAUUUGAGCAGGAAAACGCUGAACACCAUCUUUGUUUUCAACCUGUCAACUGUCAGUUUAGGCUGCUCGCCGGCUCCUCAUCACCACUUCAAGAUGGCGGCCCAAUUUCUCGCGUCACAGCAGCCAAUGCUGCGUCUACUUGUAAGAUGUCUAUGCUCUUCCCGCCGGAGUGCACUUUGACUUCCUGUUUGAAUCUCACCUGCUCCAACCGCCGUUUGUUUGGCGUCGCUUCCUGCAAAGCGCCGUCUCGGUGUUUGCGUAGCUCGCUGGCGACGUGUGUGUGCCAAAUAGCACUUUUCCACGAGGUGUGCCAAGGCUGUGUCACGGACGCCCGGCCAAUCUUCAUUUCCUCAUUCUUGUGCUCCAGCCGCAGAAAAUGUUGUUGUGCUUCCGUCACCGGAGCUGGGUCAGCGGGAGACGCUUCUUUGAGAGUGAAACGCACCGGAACUGACUUUGUGACCACGACCUGAGCCCCGCCCCCCUCCAGGCCUCGGGCAUGCCUCAGCCGGGUAUGAAUGGGAUGGAGCCUGCUUUUGGCGAGGCCUACGGGGGCGACCGGGCUCUGUUGAGCCCCUACCCUCUGGCCAUGUCACCACAAGGGGGCCGGACUGAGCACGACCAGAGUGUGCUGCUCAUGCUGGGCUCCCCGGCGUCGCCACGGAAACGGCCCUUUGAGUUGCUCAGCGACUUGGUGGACGACGGCGGCCUGGGCGAGGACCUGCACCCGGAGCGCUGGGACGUGUCUGCGCUGGACGAGAUGGCGCGCUACACCAAGCUGGGCCUCGGCGUCGGCGGGGAGCUGCUGGCCACCUCGGAGGAGGCCGUCCUGAUGGGCCGCUGGGGGAGGAGCCGGGAGGAGGAGAAGCACGCGCCGACCGCACGUGCGACGCCACCCGCCGCCGCGCAGGAAGCACAGGCCACCGGAGCGGCGAGCGCGGAAGGGCCCCGCUGUGUUGCCACGGUAACAAAGAGGGAGGCGUCAGUUGCGGGACAAGUGUCAGGGGGAGGCCAAGAUGGCGGCGCCACAGUGGAGGUGUAUCAGGUGACCCAGGAGGAGGCGCCGGCCUCAGGCCCGGUAAUAGAACACUGCAGCGAGGAGCACAACUACUCACUCAGCCAAGGGGUUCAAACGGAGGAGGCGCAGCAGGAGGUGGACGACGAGGAGAACGCCCAGCUGGACUUGGAGAACGAGGACCCGGAGGAAGAGGAUGAGGAAGAGGAGGACAGGGAGGACGGCGCGGAAGAGACGACGGCCGACCUCUCCAGCUCCUCGGAAACCGAGUGCGAGGUGGAGGCGGAGCCUGUGGAGCAGUCCGGGGAGCGUCCGUCGAAGCGCCGCUGCUUCUGGGAGUACCGAUGUUCCCGUGAGUCGGCGGCCAAGAAGAAGCUGUGCGGCGACGUGCACUGGUCGUUGUCUUGGAGCUCCAGCACGCUGCCCAGCACGCUCUACCGCCGAGAAGGCAAGAAAGGCCGCCGCAAAGCCCGCAAGACGGACGCCAGCGACCUGACGCCAAACCCGCAGAAGCUCCACAACAUUGGGGAGCAGCUACAGAAGCUGAACGCCGCCAUCGACCGCAUGGGCCCCGUCAACGACCUGCCCGCCGUGGCCCGGGCGCGUUCCCGCAAGGAGAAGAACAAACUGGCGUCCAGGGCCUGCCGGCUGAAGAAGAAGGCGCAGCAUGAGGCCAACAAGAUCAAACUCUGGGGCCUCAACCAGGAAUAUGAGAACCUGCUGGGGGCGCUGCUGCGUAUCAAAGAGGUGAUUCGGCAGAAGGUGGAGAGCAGCGAGGAAGAGGACACGGACGAGCGAGGCAUGACCCAGCGUCUGGAGGACAUCCUCGGCGAGUCCAGCGCGCCUUUAGUCGCCGGGCGCACCAAAGACUUCGUGCAGAGGAUUUUGGCGGCCAGCGCGGGGGGGCAGAGCCAAGGCAAGAAGCCCCCGCCGACGGGGGACCAGGCGGCGGGCUAAAAACCCCGCCCCCAACCCCCCCUCGCCUCCGCCUGUGCCACGAGACCCUCCCCCUCGUCCUCCCGCUCGAGGAGGGGCGGUAACCACGUGAGGGUGCUGCUGCUGCUGCCGCCGUGCUGGAUGUCCUGCGUGAGUGCGAAUGUGCGUGUGUGUGUGUGUGU